AUGGCGGUCUCCGACGACGUCCUCCGCGAGAUCCUGGUCCGAUUGAACGACGCGGCCGACCUCUUCCGCUGCGCCACCACGUGCAAGCGAUGGUGCGGCCUUGUCGCCGAUCCAUCCUUCCUACGUCUCCGGUGGCCGGAGCACGCCCGCCCAUCCUUCGCCGGAUUUUUCAUCAAGGACCGGGGCCGUUAUCAAGGGGCCAAGGUGCUGGUCCCGAUGCCGUCGUCGGAGCUGGGCCCUCGGCGCCGUGCCCUCAGCUCCUUCGUGCCCGGUGACUCCGCAGACCUAUUACACCAUGCGGUGCCGCAGUGCUCAAGUCGCGGUCUCCUCCUCGUGCGGCUCGCCUCCCAGAGUGCCGCGGGCGCCGUCCACUUGGCGGUGUGCAACCUGCUUGCCGGCACAUGGGACGUGCUCCUUCCUAUACAGCUAGAUUGCCAGUCUCGUGCCGGUGAGCGUAGCGGCUACGCCAUCGUGACUGGCACGGACUAUUGUUCCGGCGACGACGAGCAACCACCGGGAAAUUCGUCCUUCUUCAAAGUGAUAAUCAUCACCGUCAACUACACGGACAAUCUGACGUUCCAUCUUAACAUGUUCUCCUCCCAUGAAGCGAGUUGGGGUAUGGGCACAGUGUGCUUCAAGGGUACCAUACAUGCCACCGGGUCAUUUUGUCAUAGCGAUGCAGUUAUGCGCCACGGAACCGCGCACUGGUUAUUUCGUGAUGAGAGAGCACGGAAUUUCUGUCUUCUUAAACUGAAGAACCAGGACGACCAUGUCUCCCUCGCGAUCACGAGGCUCCCUGUCUCGUUGAUGACUGGAGUAGGUUACCCGUGCCUUAGCUUAGCCACUGAUGGCACGCUCUCGGUGCUACAGAUGAAAGAGACAAGUUCCCAGCUAGAGAUAUGGAAACUACAAAAGGACCAACAGAGUGCGGAUACUACCUCAGAAUGGCUCGUCACACAGAGGAUCGAGCUAAUGCAUCCUAGGAAGGACACUCAAGGAGGAGAAAUAUUCUACAUACUCGCAGAGAAGUGUGGCAAAUUGCUUGUCAAGGACACGCGCGAACGUGUGUACACCGGUGACCUUCAGACUGGGGCAAUGGAGGAGGUGGUAGACUGGCCUCGCACACGCCACACCAGCACUCCGAAUGUCAUGCCCUUGGAGUUGGAUUGGGCGGCCUUCUUUGUUUCUCGUCUCGGUACCGUUAGCAACUCCGACAUUCCUGUGUCAUCUCCAAGUGGAGAGGGAAGUUCAAGAAAAAGAGGGCAAUGCGGCGGAGGAGGCGGCGGAAAGACUCGUGACUGCGGCGAGGUGACAGAUGGAUGA